AUGCCCUUUGGUGUACGGGGUUCGCAAAGGAUCAGCAAACCGAAGCAGAGGAGCAAUCGAAUAACAAGCCGCAGUGUUUCAGCGUCAAAGAUGCAGAUGGUCAAAUCACCUCCGAGCGACCGCGUUGUUUCAAUAUCUCUUGUACCUCCAUAUGCAGAUAGCAGUUCGCAUUCAAUACAGCCAGAAUGCGCCAUAAGUUCGCAAACUAGCCUUGCGAGUCCACCUGCAAAAAAGCAAUCUCUGUAUCAACGUCCCGCUACAGGAACCGCUACAAAGGUGACGACAAGAAUAAGCGAUCCUUCAGAUUCGGACAAUUCAUCUCGAGUUAAGAGCAACAGACCACGAAAAGUAAAAGAUGAACACGAAAGGCUUCGCGUACAAAAAGAAAGUGAUGAUACACGGAGUUCGGUCUCAUCAAAUACAUCUACCCAUAACAUUACAGCGUUAACACCAAAUGAUGGUAGUGUUAGGCAGUCAACACAAGAAGAUCCGAAUAUGAAUCUAAUUGUGCAACGGCUACGCGAAUUCGCAUGGACGUGUGAACAAUCGACACUCGAGCAACUACGCAACGAAUUCGAUGCUCUACCGAAGCCGGAUUUACGUGAUUGUAAAGCGUUUAUGUCACCGGAGAAUCUAAGAAAAAAUCGCUACAGCAACAUUCCAUGUCUUGAUUCAACGAGAGUUCUUUUGAAUAUUCUUCGGCCAGAUGCCGGUUAUGGGUACAUUCACGCUAAUCGGGUAGAAUACCCUACACUCAGAAACAAAUAUAUUAUAACACAGGGUCCCAUGAACAGUACAAUUCUCCCAUUCUGGGAAAUGAUAUGGCAAGAAAACGUUUAUUGUAUUGUAAUGUUAUGUCAAAUUAUUGAAGAAGGAAAACGUAAAUGUGCAGAAUAUUUUGGGUCAAAACUCGAAGUUCCGGUCAAUUACGGACAAUUUAAUGUUGUAUUAAAAGAUCAAAAAUGGGAUGACACGAAUUUAGUCACCUCUACGCUUGAAUUAGAAUAUGGACAAGAGUCCCGAACGAUCACACAUUUUCAUUGUAGAGAUUGGCACGAUUUCGAGCAACUUCACGCACAACAACCCUAUGUCCAAGAUUUGCACCAAUACCAGACUCCUUGUUCUCAAACGAUAAUAUCAUUACUGCAAAAAGUGCGCGGAAAAUCAACAGUAGUUGUUCACUGUUCGGCUGGAGUUGGUAGAAGCGGCACGUUUGUAGCACUUGAGAUGUGUUUACAAGAUCUUGCAAAUGGUUUAACUAUCAAUGUUCAACAGGCGGUUGUAAGUCUUCGUCAAUAUCGUGCCCUUGCUGUACAGACAUUCGAACAGUACUUAUCGAUUUAUAAAGCAAUAUUGCAAAUGGGGGAAAAGCAUGGAGCAAUUAACAAUAAAGAUGUUCAACGUUUCAAUCAUAUGUACCGAGAACAAGUUGAAAAAUAA